AUGUGCCUCUCUAGCAAGUUCACGGAAAUUGCAGAUUUAGGAGAGUGGUUAAAGCUCCAAAGCGACAAACUCCUGAACAACUCGAGUAGUUGUCCAAACCUCUUCAAAAUAUAUGGAAAGAAUGCGAGUGGAUCCAAACAGCGUUAUAAUCGUAAAAGAGAAACUUCAUAUUCAAAAAAUGAGAACUUUUCCAGUCAGUCCCGUCGCUCCAAUUCACAGAAAAGCAAAGCUUUUAACAAGACACCCCCUCAAAGGGGAGGUAGCGGCGGAAGUGGCAAACUUUUUAGCUCUUGUAAUGGUGGAAGACGAGAUGAGGUAGCAGAGGCUCGACGGGCAGAGUUCAGCCCUGCCCAAUUCUCUGGUCCCAAGAAGAUUAACCUGAACCACUUACUGAACUUCACUUUUGAGCCCCGUGGCCAAGCAGGCCAUUUUGAUGGGAAUGGACAUGGCAACUGGGGGAAAAGGAACAAGUGGGGUCAUAAGCCAUUCAACAAGGAGCUCUUUCUACAGGCCAACUGCCAGUUUGUUGUCUCUGAAGAACAGGACUACACAGUCCACUUUGCUGAUCCAGAUACCUUGGUCAACUGGGACUUUGUGGAGCAAGUGCGAAUCUGUAGCCAUGAAGUGCCCUCUUGCCCAAUUUGUCUGUACCCACCUACUGCAGCAAAGAUCACCCGCUGUGGGCAUAUCUUUUGUUGGGCGUGCAUCCUUCACUAUCUCUCCUUGAGCGAAAAGACCUGGAGUAAAUGCCCUAUUUGUUAUGGUGCUGUUCACAAGAAGGACCUCAAGAGUGUUGUUGCAAUGGAGACACGUCAGUAUGCAAUUGGUGAUGUCAUUACGAUGCAACUCAUGAGAAGGGAGAAAGGUGUUCUGAUUGCACUACCCAAAUCUCAGUGGAUGAAUGUGGUGCAGCCUGUUUACAUCAAAGAUGACCAGCACAGUCAGUAUUCAAAGCUGCUUUUGGCAUCCAGGGAGCAGGUCUUGCAGCUGGUGAUUCUGGAGGAAAAAGCGGCAUUGCUAAAACAAUACGAGGAAGAAAAACACACCCCAGAGGCUUGCUUUAUUGAGGCAGCUAUCCAGGAACUGAAGGAGCGAGAAACAGCACUCUCUGUUAACCAGGAUAAAAACAAUGGUGUUGCUGGAAUCAGUGCAGCUGUGGAAGAAUUGGUCCUAGAAAGCUCCAAGGCUGCGGAGCCUGCAGUUUCCCAAGAGAAAAAGUGUGGUGUGGAAUAUCUCUCUGCAUUUGAUGAGGAGCUUGUGGAGCCUUGCUCAGAUCUGGCAAGUUCCUUUUCGCCUCCUGUGGAAGCAGAAGAGGCAGUGCUGGAUGAAGAGGAAGUACUUGAGGUGGACACCAUAGGGGAACCUGAUAUGAACACUACAGAAGAACCAAAUCCAACUGAAACAAGCUACCAAGAAUCUAAAGAGACAAUUAGCAGUGGACAUCUUAGCAACUCUCCUUUUUACUAUUUCUAUCAAGCGGAGGAUGGACAGUGUAUGUAUCUUCACCCUGUGAAUGUUCGAUGUCUCGUUCGUGAAUACGGCAGCUUGGAGAAGAGUCCAGAGAAGAUAACUGCAGCUGUAGUGGAGAUAACUGGCUACUCAAUGACAGAGGAUAUAAGACAACGUCAUCGUUACCUCUGUCACUUGCCCCUCACCUGUGAGUUCAGCAUUUGUGAACUGGCUCUGAAGCCACCUGUCAUCUCUAAGGAGACUUUAGAGUUGUUUUCAGAUGACCUUGAAAAGAGGAGACGUCUGCGGCAGAAGAAGGCUCGUGAUGAACGACGACGUGAACGCAGAAUUGAGAUAGAAGAAAACAAGAAACAGGGCAAAUAUCCAGAGGUCCAUAUUGCUUUAGAGAAUCUGCAGCAGUUCCCUGCUUUUACCUCUUGCCCUGGAGAAACUACCAGCAUUGAUCAUCAGAGCUUCUGUCUGUCUCCUCUUGGCAGAAGCCCUGUGUUUCAGACAGAGUCUGUUCCAACUCCGCUGUCACCUGCUGCCAGCCAGGUCAACCCGAUGCUCUGUGGGAGUUUAGAAGAAGAAUCUCCCUUCCCUUCCUUUGCCCAGAUGUUGAGAGUUGGAAAGGCAAAACCAGAAACGUGGCCCAAACCUGCUCCAAAGACAAGAGAUGAGAACACUCUGGCACUCCCUGUGCCAGCAGAUAGUGAUGGAGAAAGUGACAGCUCUGACCGCAUACCUGUGCCCAGCUUCCAGAAUUCCUUCAGCCAAGCUAUUGAGGCAGCCCUCCUGAAACUAGACAAACCAUCCACAGCUGAUCAUUUAUCAGAGGAAAAGGGAGGCAAGAAAAGAAAGAAACAGAAGCAGAAGCUACUGUUCAGCACCUCUGUUGUUCACACAAAGUGAUUCUGCUAUUCAAGAGAAGUUUCCUCUCCUGGUUUUCUUUUCAUUUUGCUUUGUUUUGCUGCUAUAGUUUUAAGUAUUUAAAUUUGAGACUAAAAUUGUGUUUCCAGGGCUUCUAGAGGGUUCAGGAGGAAACCGUGACCGUGUAUGUUGAAGCAAGAUGUUUUGAUUCCAGCUGCUUAAUCAGUUUAUACUGCAACAAAGUUUUGAAAGAAA